CGGGAGCAGGCGGGGGCGGGACCGCGGCCCGGGCGUGCGAGAGUGUGCGGGGAGCUCGGGUGACAGGAGCCGGGUGCGGGCUCACUGGGGGCGGCCUGAAGCCGGAGCCGCGGGACGCAGCAGCAGGAGCAGCAGCAGCAGCGAUGCUGGAGACCCUGCGCGAGCGGCUGCUGAGCGUGCAGCAGGAUUUCACCUCCGGGCUGAAGACUUUAAGUGACAAGUCAAGAGAAGCUAAAGUAAAAAGCAAACCCAAGACUGUUUCAUAUUUACCAAAAUAUUCCGCUGGAUUAGAAUUACUUAGCAGGUAUGAAGAUACAUGGGCUGCACUUCAUAGAAGAGCUAAGGAAUGUGCAAAUGCUGGAGAGCUGGUGGAUAGUGAGGUGGUUAUGCUUUCAGCACACUGGGAGAAAAAGAAAACCAGCCUCAUAGAGUUACAGGAGCAACUUCAACAGCUUCCAGCUUUAAUAGCAGAUCUAGAAUCCAUGACAGCAAAUCUGACUCAUUUAGAGGCUAGUUUUGAGGAAGUAGAAAAUCACCUGCUGAAUCUGGAGGAUUUGUGUGGACAGUGUGAAUUAGAAAGAUGCAAAUACAUGCAGUCCCAAAAACUGGAAAAUUACAAGAAAAAUAAGAGGAAGGAACUUGAAACCUUCAAAGCUGAACUAGAUGCAGAGCACACCAAGAAGGUGCUGGAAAUGGAGCAUACCCAGCAAAUGAAGCUGAAGGAGCGACAAAAGUUUUUUGAAGAAGCCUUCCAGCAAGACAUGGAACAGUACCUUUCCACAGGUUACCUGCAGAUAGCGGAGAGACGAGAACCCACGGGCAGCAUGUCAUCCAUGGAAGUGAAUAUCGACAUGCUGGAGCAGAUGGACCUGAUGGACAUUUCUGACCAGGAGGCCCUUGACGUUUUUCUGAACUCAGGUGGAGAAGAUAACACUGUGCAGUCCCCCGUCUCAGGGCCUGAGUCAAGUGUUGGUGAGAAUGAAAUUACUCUUCAAGUUCCGAAUCUCACGGAAUCACAGACCAAACCUUCCUCAUCCUCUUCGUGCACUGACCAAGCCAGCCAGGAGCCCAGUGAAGAUGGGGAGUCCCCACUUGUUCAGUCUGAUGAGGAGGGAGUUGAGGUGGACACUGCCCUCGCCACUUUGCACACUGAUGACAGUGACUCCUAAAGUCAGGCCCGCAGUCUGAUGGCCCUUGAAGUCUUAGCUGUGUGCACAUUUCCCACUGUGAGAAGGCAAGUGUCUUUAUGGAAGCUCUUGAUUUUUACCCAGUUGCCAAUAAUGUGUAAGUAACUGGUGGAAAGAACAACUACCAAUAAAGCUUGAGGACAUUAAAUGGAGUGCAUAGCCAGUUUGUUCAGAAAGGCUUCUAAAUUGAUGCCUCCAGCAAUCACCCAGAGCCAUGUCAGUUCGAUGCUGAAUU